AUGGUAACUUCUAAAGAUGUCUGGAAAUUUCAAAACAGUAGAGUGAUUGUACAUUUUGACGAAGAUAGCGCUCAACCAAUUGGAGAGUCAGGAGGUCUACUAGGAUCUUGGCUAGGUCAAUUAAGCAAUGAUGUGAAUUUGCUGCCCAUCAACUACAGUGAUUGGAGGAUGGUUAAUCCUCACAUAAAAAAAAAAGCGUGGGAAGUAAUUCAGUCCAAAUUCAGGUUUGAUGAUCCAGAAAUGAGAAAAUCAUUUGUGAUGGGAGCAUUAGGCAGCAGGUGCAAGGAUGUCAAACUACGACUUUGGAAAGAGUAUAAGCGAAAUACUCUAAGUGAGACAUUGCAGAAUCGACCUGAGAAGGUUUCAGAAAAUCAAUGGGGUCAUUUCGUUCAUAUGAGAUUCACUGAAAAGUGGAAGAAAAUGCAAGAGCGAAAUAUCAAAAACCAGAAAAAACAUACCAUGCCUCACGUCUGUGGAAGAAAAAGUUUUUCAAGAAGAAGAAAUGAGAUUAAAAUAAAGACCGGAAAAACACCACGUCGAGCAGAGUUUUUCAUCGAGACUCGCACAAAACCUAAUGGAAGCUUUGUAUGUGAAGAAGCAAAAGAACGCGCGCUCUUACUGUAUUGUUGA